AUGGACGGCCUGUGGGGAGGAUCGGGACCCUCGUGGUGUCUGUCUGAAUCCAGUUGGUGUGCUGACUGGGGAGGUUCAUCCACCGGAGAGGAAUACUGUGAACGGAGAGAGGUGACUCUGUCCGUAGUGCUGCUGAGAGGAUGUCGGCUCUGGGCAGUGGACUUGGACGAUACAAGGGAACUAUUUGCUCCUAUUGAAAAUUACCCCACAGCUAACCAGCCCCUGUCAGACACCACCCUUAAAGAUAUGCUGGUGUCCCUGAGGAGCUCACUCAAUUCAGAUAUGCAGGCCCUUGUCCACCAGUUCUCAUCUGACCUACAGGAAGUGGGGGAGAGGGUCACCCAUAUUGAGGAUAAGAUGGGGGACUUUGCAGAUACCUUUAACGAGCUGGUGGAUGCGCAUAAUGAUCGGGAGGAUGACAUUACCUGGCUGCAAACGAAAGUGGCAGACUUAGAAGACAGACAUGAGGAAGCCAAAGGCAUACCACAGCUAGAGCGGAGGGAUAGAGAGGUGAGCAGUCACUGCUGCAGGACCAAAGAUCGGGAGGCAGACAUUUUCAAGUGGACCUCCAGCCCUAAAACAGAUCAAAAUUUGUCAGAACUUUAUGAGUCUUCUCAUCCAGUGGAUAUUCAUAGCAGAAGUUCCGAAGAUCCAUCUCUCCUUCAUUCUCCCAUCAAGGCUUCCAGUUCAAAUAACUCUUCUACAGAUGCCAAGAUCGGAGACUUCAGCAGUCAAAGACAACUGAUACCAACCCGUAGCUUGUCCCCCAGUGGAAGCAGAAAUGAAUCCUCUAAGGGAAAUUCAGUUCUUUCGAAAAUUCAACAAUUUGUAUCAGAUAACAAGCUAAGAACUUCAAUGAGCAAGAAAUCCCUGAAGGAAAUCCCAAAGGAAGAUAGGAGGAUGACAGAUGAGGCAUCAUGUUAUGAUUGGAGAAAUUACAACGUGAACAGACUCAGCGCUUCAGAGAUGCAGAUGCUGGCCAGUCUGAAGAGGCAGCAAAAUGAGGAGCUGGAGGAUGAGGUGAUGUCACAUGGCUUGAGCCAAUCUCAAAUAGACCAUUGCAAUGUCAGCAUGAGCACCAGCAGUGAUGACACAGCCACUUGGAAUUCUUGUCUGCCCCCGCCUGUCAAUCAGGGAUCUCACUAUCAAGCAGAGAUGAAUCCUUUAGCUCAAUCCAACCCUCGGGACUGGUUAAAUGCAUUUAGUCCUCCCAUCAUUCCAACAAGUCAAAACUUGGAUCCUUUACUCAAGCUUAAACAAUCCAGCCAGAGCUGCUGUAAUGAAGGUGAUGAUGGAAUUUGUGCUGAUGCAGAAGAGGACAUCCUGACCUUAUUGUACGAUCCCUGUCUUAACUGUUAUUUUGAUCCAGAAAGUGGAAAAUAUUAUGAAUUAGCUUAAAAUGUAAUGAUUGCAACAGCAAC